AUUGUCUCUGACGUCACAAUUGUGGGGGUGGUUAUGUUAAUACAGGUUCGAGUCAUCAAUGAAUGAGCUCGUCAUAGCAUGCAUGCACACAGCGGCUACAACACGAGAACCUUUCUUCAAUAAAUUCCAGUAAAUGUUGAACGGACCAGCUGUAGUAGUUGAGCACGCGUGCUGAGAGCGUUGCACUUGUUCGUUUCGUUGGGAAUUUACAGAUCGACAUUAUUUUGUAGUGUCACUCAAAAGAUACACAAUCAGACAAUCAACCAUUUUACGGAUUCCAGACCAGAAAGUGGAAAAAUUAUUAUCUUGUAAUUAUUUAUUUCUUGAUUCUUCGUGUGAGGAUACACUUAACCAAUACCGAUGUCAACUAUGCCCAGAGUAGUUCCUGAUCAGAGGAGCAAGUUCGAGAAUGAUGAACUAUUUAGGAAGUUGGGUCGCGAUUCAGAGCUUCGCUACACGGGAUAUCGGGAUAGAGCACAAGAAGAGAGACAGAUGAGAUUUGUUAAUAGCUGUAGAGAAGGACACGCACAACUGUCAUUUGUAGCAACGGGUACAAAUCUCCAUCUUCAGUUCUAUCCUAACUCGUGGAGCGAGACGACUGACAGAAAACCAACCAAAGAAUAUGUCGACUUCGAUAAAGAAAUCGGAAAAGUCUGCCUAAAGUCACAGUUCAUCUUGAAUGGAGUAUGUGUAAUAUGGAGGGGUUAUAUUGAUCUCAACAGGCUGGACGGAGUCGGUCAUGUCGAGUUUGAUUCUCAAAGAGCCAAGGAAGAAGAUGAAAUAUACCGGGCCACGAUGGAACAGCAAAACAGGAGACUUCGAGAGUUUGAGGAGAGAACGAUGUUACAUCGAAAAGAGUUUGAACAACAAGUUGGCAGAGAGGUGAGCACGUGAGAAUGUCCCAAGAAAUAUCACUUUGCAAUGCCAUAGAAUAUUCCUUGUGCUUGUUAUCGGACUUUGUCAUAGGAAACCUACAUGGACAUAGCGCGACCGAGAGAGUGGGUCUGUAGAUGUCUACCUUUGAACGCGCGACUGCUACGAAGUGUCUUCUGAAAUGUUUGUAUUUUUGAUAAGUUUCUCGUCCAGAUGUUGUGAUUUUAUUUCGCGUUUUCAGAAGAGUGCCAGGGGGAAUUGGAGUGUUGGAUCCUUUUUUUUAAACUGAAAGAACUAUUUUUGCCAGUGUAUUUAUGUAUAUUUAUAGAUAAAACAUCUUUGUAUUGUCUUGAUGGUUGAUGUAUAUAAAGGGAUAAUUUAUUUAAGUUACAAAAUGAUGUGUGAACAAAGUGAAGUAAACUGUUAUUCGUUUUAUGUAGGAAUUAAGAGGUAGAUUAGAAAAUAUGAUUUUGUUUUGUGUAGUGAAACCAACAAUGAAGUGGCGAUAUUGCAAAAUUGGUUGGAUUUUAGAGUUAUUUUUUUUGGCAAUAUGUAGAUUUUUUUUGCAUGAUGUAUGGAGUAGAAACUCACAAAGUAAAUUGAUCCGAUGCUACGAACCUAAAACGUAUUUCGAAUAGAUUAGAAAUGAAUAGAUGAAUUUGUGGAUGAUUUCACAGUAGUAUGAUUAAUUUUGAUUAUGUACAUAUUUUGUACAUUGUAGAAUAUUGAUGAAGAAAAAAAAAAUACAGUGAUUUUUUUUCAUUCCUUUGAUACUUCAUUAUAUUCUAUAACUUUUUACUUUCAAUUUCUUCUGGAAGAAAUUUCAACGUUAUUUUUAUUAUGCUUGUACUGACUACAUCGAAUGUAUAUAUUUGAAACUCUCAUUGUGUUCUUUUUAUGCUGAUAUGAAGAUGUAUUUAAUUUUGUGUAUAUCUCACCAAGGAGUUGGACUUAGUGUUAUUCGAGAGAGAAUUGAAGAAAAGAUAUUGUGACGACGUGUUUGGCAUGCAAGAAACACCCAUUUUUUAAAUUUAUAUUACCGCUCUCUAAACCUCGUAAUCUUAAUGAAAAAGAAAUUUAAUUCAUUCUGAGUCCUUCCAAUGUGUGCAAGCAACGAAAAUUCAAUAAUUUCUUCUGCUUCACAUGGAUUUACAGAACAGUGUUUUCCUUAUCUGAAAUAUGUAUUUGUAAUUAUAAAAAAACCCAAACGAUAGGAUAUAUGGCUACUCUAUACUCAUGACACAAUAAUAUUAUUAGUGAUGAUAUGAAACUGUUUUCAAAAGCUUCAUUCGAAUAUGAAAGUUAUUUUAUGUCUUAUUAUUGAAAAUGGAAAUAAAAUGAAAAGCUGAAAUCUCCGCUGUUAAAGGUUCAUUUCCCGCUUGUAUCUAGUGAAAUAGCGCAACAUAUUCCGUUAGCGUGAAAUAAACUGUGGAUGGGGGAGGGAGAGGGGGAGGGGGUGGGUCUCCUUUGAAUAUGUGUAUGGCAUUGGUGCUGGAAAUGAAAAAUUCUGAUUGAAAUAGGAUUUGUAACCGAUUUUUCCUUAUUCAAAGGGAAAAUCAUUAAAAUGUCAAUUGUUAGUCUUCCCAUUUUUUGUGUAUUUUUUCAUCGUGAUGAAAGCGAAGUAUGUGUGUAAUAAAUUAUGUACAAACUACAUUUCUUUUCAUAACAUGAAAA